GUCUUUGUGCGCAUGCUCGUCGUGAGAUAUGAAUAUCUCCAGCGUAUGGGUGAAGAGGACAACAAUACGCGAACUGCGCGUCUGUUUACACCGUGAGCUUUUAACUUCAGCCGGUUCUGGAGAAGUAACGGGACCGCUUCGGACCGUUAAAUAAACAAGCACGGCAGCCCGCUGAUAAGUUGUUUACACACAUUGUCCGUUUUAACUUUGUCCUGAUGUUGUCAUCGAUGUUUUGGUCGGGUUUAAAGCUUGUCACGUGUGAAGAGCGUGUUUUUCAGCGGUGAAAUGGGAUGUCCCGGCGCGACUGUACGCGUGUUUCAGUUGGAAACUCGUCCUCUUGAGCCCGCUCGGAUACUUUAACGCGUUUAUUUCUCUUGUUGUCCAUGGAGUCCGUCGGGAAGUUUGAGUUCAGCAGGAAGGACCUGAUUGGUCACGGUGCCUUCGCGGUUGUGUUCAAAGGCAGGCACAAAGAGAGGCGCGACUGGGAGGUUGCUGUGAAGUGUAUCAACAAGAAAAACUUGGCCAAAUCACAGUCUCUGCUUGGCAAAGAGAUUAAAAUACUGAAGGAGCUCAAACAUGACAACAUUGUCAGACUGCUGGACUAUCAGGAAGUGGGGGGAUGUGUGUACCUCGUCAUGGAGUACUGCAAUGGAGGCGACCUGGCUGAGUACCUUCACUCUAAAGGCACUUUGAGUGAGGACACCAUCCGCUUGUUCCUGCAGCAGAUCGCUCAGGCCAUGAGGGUCCUGCAGAGCAAAGGCAUCCUCCACAGAGACCUGAAACCCCAGAACAUCCUGCUCUGCCACCCCGAGGGCCGCCGGUCCAGUCCUGUCAACACCUGCGUCAAGAUAGCUGACUUCGGGUUCGCACGUCAUCUCCAGACCAACACGAUGGCAGCCACGCUGUGCGGCUCUCCCAUGUACAUGGCUCCUGAGGUCAUCAUGUCCCAGCACUACGAUGCCAAGGCUGACCUGUGGAGCAUCGGCACCAUCGUGUACCAGUGUCUGACCGGAAAGGCGCCAUUUCACGCCAGCACACCGCAGGAGCUCCGUCUGUUUUAUGAAAGCAACCGGAGCCUCUUACCCAGCAUCCCAAAGGAGACCUCAAGCAACCUGAGACACCUGCUGAUGGGUCUGCUUCAGAGGAACCACAAACAGCGGAUCAGCUUCGAUGAGUUUUUCCACCAUCCUUUCCUGGAGACGAGCUCAUCCACAAAGAAAUGCUCUCCUGCUCCGGUGCUCUCCUACCCCAGCUCAGGCUCGGCCAGCUCGUCCAGCGGCUCCUCCACCUCCCAUCUGGCCUCCCCUCAACAUUCCGACGGAGACGUGCAUCGACUUCAGGCCAAAGCGCAUUAUUCCCCCACGCGGGACGCUCCCGUCUUCCUGCUGAAAGACAGUCAGAGCACGUCGGUCUCCACGGAGGAGUACGUCAUGCUGCCUGCCCAGUUUCCCAGUGAGUGCACCUGUGAGGUGGAAGUCGGGUCGCCCAUUGAGAGCUGCCUCAUAUACAGUGGGUGUUCGCUGCUGGCUGAGAGGAAGACGCCUCCGCCCUCUCCGCUGCUACACCCUCCGUCCCAGCCUGUGAGUAAGCCUGUUGAAUUUGUUGGCCGUGACUGCAGCCAAACGGUGCCCAUUCCCGUCCCCACUCAGAUCCACAACUACCAACGUAUGGAACAGAACCUGCAGCCUGCCGGCUUACAUGGCUCCACCAGGGUCACGCUCUGCUGUGCUGGCAGCAGCAGCAAAAGCUCCCCACGAUGUCGAGGCUGUGGAGCUCCAGGAUUUCCCCUCAAAUCCCCAAGGCUGGCGAGCGGAGGAGCCCGACCGCAGGAGUCCCCUCCGCUGGUGGGGAUGACCCCAAAGACCUCAGAGCCGACUCUCCCGUUCAGUACGAGAACUGGACUGCGGGACGCCUCCAGCCCCAAGGUUCAAUCAAGAAUGCCAAGCCGAGCCAGGACAGUUCUGGACCUGCAGUCCCUCGAGACACCCCCUGCCUCCCAGACCAACCUGAGCAGGACAUCAGCCAAUAAAAAAGGCCCUUUUAAAAGAUCGCUGAGCGCAGGCAGGCUGUCCGACCCGCUGCUGAAGGCCGCCGUGGGAGCUCAUCUCUUUGACGAGGGAGGUGACGAGAGCCUCAGCUGUGAGAAGAGCAUGGACACAACAGCUCCCCCUACUGGCUGUCAUAGAGGCUUUCAGUUCUCGGACAGCCCACCUCCUGUAGUCUUCAUGUUGGGUUCUCCAUCCAAAGGAGACACUCCUCAGGUGUUCUCAGGCUCCCCUGGCUACAUUAACUCAGCCUGGCUACUGAACAGCCGCCUCCCCCAAGGAGGAAGCCGGAGAAACAGCGAGACUGAAGCCAUGGACGCUACACCACACAGCAGUGUGCUGUUUCACCCUCCAGAACUUCCCGAAGAUACCCUGAUGGAGCAGGCUCAUACAGACGCUCUGAGUGAACUGCGUUUCACCCUGGCUUUCGUCCACUGUGUCGUGGAGCUGGCUUCUUCUAAGGACCCGGGCUGCUGGGGUGCCGUCAGCAGUCCUGACAUUUCCUUCCUCGAGCAGAGCCUGGUGACAGAUCAGAUCAGCCUUCUGAGUAAAGAGUGGAGCUAUGCAGAGCAGUUAGUUCUGUACAUGAAGGCUGAGGAGUUUCUGUCUUCAGCACUGCACACUGCUAAAGAGGACAUCAAACAGGGCCAGCUCCUUCCCUCUGCUACAGUCAAACAAGUGAUCAGGAAGCUGAAUGAAUUAUACAAGAACUGUGUGACGUACUGUCGCUCCCUCAACCAUCGGCUGCAGACCUUCCUGCUCGACAAACAGAAGCUCAUGGACCGCUUCAAUGGACUGACGGCGGAGAAGCUCCUGUACAGCCACACCGUGCACAUGGUGCAAUCUGCUGCUUUAGAUGAGAUGUUUCACUAUGGCACAGCUUCAGUCCAGCGGUACCGCAAAGCCCUUUUGCUGAUGGAGGGCCUGUCCCGAAUCAUCACGGAGCAAAAGGACAUCGACAGCAUAGAUAAAUGUAAGCAGUGUAUUGAGCGACGCCUUUCUGCCCUGCAGGCUUGAUGCAGGGCUUCAACACAGCAUGGAACAUCUCACGUGUCAAAUAAGGUCUGGAAGAUCUACAGAGAAGUCUGGACAUUUGAAAAUGUGUAGGAACUCGACUGCGUCCGCACCAUCUCAGACCCCGAUCUGUCUUAAGGGAAACGACCACUGGAGCAUCUGCUCGCAUCCCGACCACCAGUCCGUAAUCUCUACAGAAGUGCAAGCACAAAAAAGAGUGGAAGUCCUGUUCUGGACGAGCUGUUGAGCACAGGUUGUGAUAAGAUUGUUUGAUCAGGUAAAUUAUUCUCAGCAUUUGAUGUGUUUUGUUACAGACAGUAUGUCAGUGUGUUGUAAUGGGGAUUAGUAGUAACUGAUUUUAAAUGUGUUGAACUUGAAGCAAAGAUUAUUUAUUGGUUUUCCGUAUUUGAAGCGUUUGUGUUGUCCGUACAGUCAGAAUGUUUUGGAUGAGAUGACCAAAUACUGCAAAUGUGUAGCAGUAAUAGUAAAACUGUGCCUGCGGUCCUGUACAUUCUUCAUCACAGCAGAGUAAAGUGAAUGUAAGUAUGUUUUCACCUCAUACUGAGUAGUUGUCUUACAGGCGUACAGACUUUCAGUGUAGACUCAAUUUGAAUUAGAGUUUCAUGGUGAUCCAACACUCGCCUCCGUCAGGUGUUGGUGUAGACAGGAACGGCAUGUCGCUUUGCUCAUGUUUGUCUGCUGAUUGUGAGCACGUUAGGCUUUUUUUAUUUUUCUGAUGGUUGGAUUAAUGUAAAACGAUUGUGCUAAUUUGUGAAUGAAUUUGUACAUGAUUGUUGCCCGAUAGCACACAAGUUUGAUACAUUUUAGUGUUAAAAAAGAUGUUUGUUAGAGUAUUUCAAAUUGCCUUUUCUACUUUUAUGACUGCCAGACAAAUUUGCCAAAAUAAGUCGCUGAACACUGUGUGAUGAAAUAAAUUAAUUAUUAAAAGUUUGAAUUUA